AUGUCGUCCACUGAAUAUCUCGACAAGGCUAAAGCAUUGAUCAAGGAACAUCCCUAUUUAAUGUUAUCUAAAUCUUGGUGUCCUGAUUGUCAUUAUACCUAUAAAAUAUGGGAUGAAUAUAAUGUAAAGGAUAAAGUUCAUGUUAUUGAAUUUGACAAAUUCCCAGACCAAGAAGAAGCUAAAAAUUUAGAAAAAGCAUUUAUUGAGAUUUCUGGUUUAAAUUGGGUUCCAACUAUUUUUUUCAAUGGAAAGAGAUUAGGUACUGAAGCUGAUUUGAAAGAAUGGAAGAAAGAAGGAAAGUUAGAUCAAGUAUUUAAAGAUGAAAAGUUAAUUUAA